AUGUGUAUGGCAUCCAUCGAAAAAGGCAAGGAAAAUCCGUUAGAAAAAUUAGACAUAAUCUGGCGACAGUCUCAUUAUCCUCCAGAAAGUGGUACUAUCUUUAAAAUCGUUCGUAUUGCUGCUGCAUGUCUAUCAGCGUGUAUUAUUGGUUCAUCGACCUCACAGCAAUUAGUUGAAGCACUAAGACAGUUUGAUUCUAGUACAAGUGCAAUGAUCAAUGAAAAUGCAAAAAAUAUUCUCUAUCAUCAAAUACUUGGUGAUCAGUUUGCUACAUAUAUCGAAGAGAAUCAUAGUGCAUUUAUUGAAGUAAACUUAUUUUUAUGUCAAAAGUUUAGUCAUGCUACAUCUUAUGAUGAAUGCAUUCAAACCCUGCAAAAAGCCGGGAUAAACACAUUAUUAGAGAAAAAUCAAUUUACAAGUGCUUUAUGUCUGAUUAGUCGUAAUGGUCAAGGUAUUGCAACAAGUGCUUUCAGUGUCUGGGAUAAUCAGGCUGGAAAAUUAGUUGAUACAACAAAUGAACAAACAUCUAAUGAAUUUAAUUCGAUUGUCGACCGGCUAUACUCGGCAAUUGAUGAUCACGUCGGUCUUUUUUGGACAACGAAGGGGUCGGUUAAUAUUACUACCAAAGUCGGAUUAAUCAUAGUUUGUGAACGCCUGUUCUGUUGUUUCCGUAGUUCCGACGUCGACGACAACGACAAUUCACAGAUCCGUUAUGAAUCCUAUUCGGAACGUGGCGGUGGUGGGGGACCCGUAGACUUAGAGACUCGUAGACGAUUACAAGUAGAAGCUAUCGAACGCCGAUUAGCUGAAAGUGAAUCACGUGGGAUUGGAGAUCUUGCAAAAGUUAGAAAAAAACAAGAACGUAUUGAAGAGUUAGAAAAGAAACAGUAUAGUGAUAAACCAUCAGAUAAUACAUUACGAUGGAAUGUCAGUUAGUUGGACUGUAUAAAAUUAUAUUAUUCACUUCGUUUCUUUCUGAAUUCUUGUAAGUAGAUCAUGAUGUUAUACUCUUCUAAAAUUAUUGUUGAAGUACAUUCAUUAUUAUUUAUGCUGCAUAAUAAUAUUUUGUCAAAUAAUGGUCUUUUAAUCAAGUUUCUUUUUCGAAAAUUUAUACAUAAUUUCAUUAUUUAAUAAUAAAUCAACUUUUUAUUAAUUGGACUAACCAACUUAUUGAAAUUUUCACAUUGACUAUAAUUCCUGUCACGUGAUUAGGUUAAUGCCAACGUUAUAAAACAGAUAUCGACUUAAUUUGUAAAAAAAAAUUUGGCAAUCACUAACUUUUGACUUUAGUUGUUUAAAGACAUUUCACUCCCUACGAAAGCUGAAGAUAAUCUGUACUGUCCUAAUAAGGAGGAGUCUUACUCCCGAAUAAAGCAUUUUUCUAGUACUUCCUAGUAUUUUAGUUAAAUUCCAUUCUCAACAAACACUUGAUUUACUUUUAUUUCCAAAUCAUGACUUUAAGUUAUAGUGGUAUUCAACUCCCGUGAACCGAAAUAUGUAUCAUUCGUUCUUUUAUCGAAUUUGUUUUCAAACUUAGUGUUGGUGGAUUUUACGUACAUAUCAAGAGUAUUGUCAGAUUCUCUAGAAUAAUGUACUGAAGGUUGUCUCGGCUUUUCAAACAUGUAACUCUAUAUACCUACAUAACUGGUUUUUACCUAUUAAUUUGAGAAUUCAAGUUGAUUUCGCCCAUUUUGAUUCAUUUGACGAAUUAGUAUCGAAAAAAGCCUUUACACAAUAAGUCUAUGUGAAACUUUAUUGCACGUAUAAAUAGAUACUAUGAUUUUCCAACUGCGUUGCUCUCUACUUUUGUUUUACG